AUGCCAGUAUCAUGGGCAGCAAUCCUUCCAAAGUAUGAUAUGAUCCCGGAGUUCCUUUCUCAGUGCGGUACUUUCAUUGAGAAUUUCCUUGUAUACCCCCAAUCACCCCGCCAGCUUGCAGCGAGCAUUGUCAUCAUCGGCGCCGGUUUUUCAGGCACCAACCUCCUUCACAGUCUCCGCAGGCUAGGGAGCAGCUGUCGGAUAGACGAGUCGGGCACCGACCUCGGCGGCGUGUGGCACUGGAAUACUCACCCAGGUUGCCGGGUCGAUACACCGGGCUUCAUCUACCAACUAUCUAUCCCGGAGGUCUCGGAGACACGGGCAUUCACCGAGAAGUAUCUCUCUGCAGACGAGUUAAGGGCGUACUUCUUGCAUACUGUGACUGGGGCCUGGUACGAUGUCAGUGCGGAAGGGAAGAGAAAUUGGAGGAUUGAAACUGGCGACGGACGAGUCACGCGCUUGCAAUUCCUCGUUUCGUGUGUCGGCUUUGCCGCAGAACCAUUUGUCCCCGAGUUUCAGGGCCUUGAGACGUUCAAAGUAGAGGUGUGCCAUUCGGCAUUUUGGCCAAAAGCUGGGAUUGAUGUGAAGGGGAAGAAGGUUGCCUCCUGGGCUAAGCAAGCAGAAUCGCUGGUGGUAUUUCAGCGGACGCCGAACCUGGCUCUCCCCAUGAGGCAGCACACUUUCUCCACCGCGGGGCUUAAUGCGCCUGAGGAGGACGCACGACUCAUCUUCAUGCAGCGAGAAAAGACAUUCAGUGGGUAUCUGGAUAAGCCGAGUCCGCAGGCAACCUUUGACGUCCCAUCGGAGAAACGCGAGGCGCUUUAUGAAGGGUAUAGUCACCUGCUGACGAACGAAAAGGCGAACCGAGAGGCUUAUGACUUUCGGGCGAAGAGGACGCGAGCGAGAAUAACCGACCCUUCAAGGAGAGAUAUCCUGGCCCCUCUCGAGCCGCCACACCCGAUCGGUGCCAAGAGGACAAAUGUGGAGUUGGUUAACGUGCGCGACGCAAGUCACGGCAUUUCGGCUAUCAGGCCCAAGGGGAUAGUCACCGAAGACGGUGGAUUUUAUCCUGUCGACGCAAGUGCCUUUGCGACGGGGCUCAACUGUUUCGCUGGUAAUAACGGCGCCAGCGCAUUCCUGACCAUGACCCGCAAGGGGUAUCCCAAUAUGUUCUUGUGUUAUGCUGUGCAUGGCCCAACAGCACUGAGCAACGGCCCGGCUUCAAUUGAGAUGUAG